AUCUGGAACAAUAGAUAUUAAGCCUGCGAUUUCUGCUUUGCCGUACAAGUAUUUCUAUGAUGUUUCCAUCAGGUCUCCGCUGUAAUUUGUCAUUUCCUAGCUGCCUUGGUUAUCCUCAAGACAGCGAAGAAUUACUUCCCAGAAUGGCUCGUGAGCCAAUUACACUUAAUGUGUACGAUAUGUUCUGGAUAAAUGAAUAUACAACUCCAAUGGGCUUAGGAGUUUUUCAUUCUGGUGUUGAAAUAUAUGGAACCGAAUAUGCAUACGGAGGUCACUUACUUCCUAUUAGUGGGAUAUUUGAAAUUUCACCAAAAACUGCCGAUGAAUUAGGAGAGAACUUCAGAUUUCGACAAUCCAUUCAUAUUGGAUACACAGAUUUUACCGAAGAAGAUGUUUCUCGAAUAAUAGAUGAAUUGGGCAAAGAAUUUAGAGGCGAUCGUUAUCAUCUAAUGAAUAAGAAUUGUAAUCAUUUUAGCUGUCAAUUAACUCAAAUUCUAUGCGAUCAGAAGAUCCCGGGCUGGGUGAAUCGGUUGGCAUACUUCAGUUCCUGUGUGCCGUUCCUGCAGCGUUGUCUACCUAGAGCUUGGCUUACGCCAGUCGCCCUUCAGCAUUCGCUCAGCCAAGUGAGCCAUAGCGAGAGCAGUCCGCCUUCGGAAAAGUCGUUAUAGCUGGCGCAGCAUCGUCACGGUCGCUAUCGACGCUGUGGCGAUUUGUUAAGUAAUGGGAACGGCGAUGGCAACGAGAAUAACGACGACGAUGACGAUGACGACGGGGCCGUGGACUGUAGUAGGAGUCACAGUUUCUAGAUAAUUAGGGGAGCGUUUGAACGAACUUUGUUUGCGACGAGACGCGCACUUCGACAAGUGGCAGUAAGUUAUCCGUUAUACCGAAUGAAACUUUUUGCGAAAUCAUUGUAUACUAGUUCAAUCUUAACUUAUCUGACCGUUAUUAUUCUUUUUGCGUUAUCUUUGAUUAAGUAU